CUCUUCUAAGCGCCUAAGACCAUGCCUGUCACUCGAAAAGACAUGUCCUACUGGGAACUCUAAGGCACUCUGGUCUACAAUGCUUUCCGCCUCCCCAACAUGGCGCUUAAAACGUUCUGGAAUUUAUAGCAUGGGAUAUCUCGAAGCCGCUAUCACGUCGCUGCUCAAGGAUAGCACUCAGCUAACGAUCGCCUUCGAUUUUACUGUGCGGAACAACAGUAUCAGGAACCAGGUAUGAAGUCUCCAUAACGCGCGAGCAAAGCCCUGGUCAGAGACCCUCGGGUCCCUGCAGCUCGAGACGAACCCUAGAAGCGUGAAUCCGGAGUUGUAGCGUAGGGAGAAUGGCGUUUGCAAGUGUUGCAGGUAAACUCACACGUACACGCCAGCGUUUGUGCUGCUUCUCACUGCGAGUUUUUUCUCGAUAUUUCCAACAUCCUCGCAUCGCUCGCUUUGUUUUCGAUCGCCAGUACUACACCGCGAUGCCUCGUCUAAAGCAAGUCGUCAAGAUGAAGAAGAAGAAGCCAUCGAAUACGCUGGGGAUGCGUGACUUCGAACGCAGUCAGGCCGACCUGGACCGCAAGAUAGAGCAAUCCAGAAGCGUGGUGGAUGUCCCCUUCUCGUAUCCUACUUACACGCUCGUCUCGAAAGCAGCGCUCCCAACGUGUCCGGAGACCUGUCAAACCUGCGUCCAGCAUUACCUGCCGGAGUCCGCCGUUUCCAACCCGGCAAACCCACGCGCUAUGGUCGCUCACAGUGACUCCGAAGCCGCAAAGAUCACUGCAAGCUACGUUGAGGGCAUCCGCAACGAUCGUGAUGCCAUUAGCGCCCAGCUGGAAACGUACGGCGACCUCCUUCUGACACGAUGGCAGCGCAAGAGCGUGGAGAAGCGUGCUUCGAUUGUCCGUACAACUUUGCCGGAAAUUCACGCUCGCCGCUUUUCCAGCGCAUGGCUUCUUUAUGACAACAAGAGGGCUUUCGAAGCACAGUACUCAACCAUUGACCAGAAAAAGUUCAAAUCGCGCGGCUUUGAACAGUUAAUGGCAGACCAAAUGCAAGCCGUACAGAUCCACCACGACUCGCACCGCAAGCAGCAUCUCCUACCGUUUAUCGACGUCGAUACGCUAUCCCAAGACCCCACGAGCUUGUUGGCUCUACUCCAUUACCGCUGCAACUCCGACAUCGCCGACUGGGUAAUGCACGACUCCGAACAGCUCAGAGUUGGCUUCAAUUACACAAUGGGUCCGCCCGCUUUCAACCCACACUGCGUGAUCAUGUAUGGCACGCAUCUUGGCCGAUUGAUCCCAUGGAACCAACAGUCUGCACAUCGCCACGAUAUCAUCGGUUAUCCAAGAGCAGUGCUUAUAUUGGAGGCACAAGCCACUCUAUUCGCUUUCAUGCGUAAGACGGUUGAGGCUUUACUCGUUUCAGGUCUUCAGGGGGCAACGGCAGGUCAUCAAAAGUGGGAUGAACUCGUGGAGUCUGAAUUCGGAAAGAUUGGCCUGGCGCCGCUCGUAGGUCGACGUCUCGAAGCAUUUCGCAGUCCACCGCGGGUCGAUAUGGCCUCCACCAUCGAAUGCCUGACCGCGCAAACGAAUGCGAUGGUCGAUGAGCUAUGGCUGCAACAGACUGAUCCUCAGUACUUCCGCGCUCAUCUGAUGCAAGCGAAGAACAACGAGAUGCACGACCGCAUGACAAGGUGGUCGCGUGAGGAAUGGAUGUUAGAGUUUGCGUUGUGCUACAGUGUGUGGACCGACAACCUUCGAACUACUCUCAGACAAGCCUUGUCUGUUCUCAAGGUUCAGGAAGAGCUCGGUGGUGACAUACGACCAGGUAAAUCGCUGCCCGCUGGAUACGAGGCUAUGCUCGUGCUGUUUCAGGGACAUCUCGAGCAACUGUUUGAAGGUCAGCUCCGCGACCUUCAAGCUUUGGUGCCACAAGAGAGAUCUUUCCGGGACCAUUUCAACAUCCAGGACACUGGUAAGCCGAUGCUCAACAUAUCAUCGGAGAAGCUAUUUCUAGCAAACCCAAUGCUGUGGAACAUGAUGCAGCUUACCCUUAAACACCAAUCACAAGCACCCACAUUCCACCUGGCUUUCAUCGACCAUCUCAUGCGCGAAGAUGCGAAGGAAAAGAAUCGUAUUUCACCAGUGCUCGCUACACACAUAUCGAACAUGGUCGUCAUAGACGACAUUCUGUCGAGCUUGCGCCAUCAUCGACCUCGGCACGGAGUUUCCGUUGAUGCCGAGAUGCUUGCCAGAUUAGCUACAGGACAGCCGCGCACGCUACCGGAGCGCCAGCAGUCAGCCUUCGGACGCAUCUAUAUGUUGAAAGCCCCUAUGUGGGAGAAGCUCCAGGCUCUCAUGAAGCUAUCUCUCCCUGUGUCUGAAGGACCUGAUGUGCUGCUCAAACACCUGCCGCCACUCGACGAUGCAUCGUACGAGUUCUGGGAGAUGGCAUGUGUUAACUUCACGAUCUCAAUCGGGCACAGCAACCAGCAAGAGAAGCUGUACUCGGAUCCCUGGUACUUGAUUAGGAUUGGGUGCACGGAGGUGGAGAACGAGCGGAGAGCGUUGCGGUACGCUCAGUGGAAGCGGGCUGCCGAUCAGCGAGGCAGCUGCAAGCAACUGCAGGAUCACCAGCCUCCCAAGCCACCGAGCGCACUUUCACCCGUUGCACCGCAGCAGACUACCUGGGGCGAGUCAGCAGCCCCUGUUUGCGCAGUGCCCUCCGAAACGAAGCCGAAGGUGAAGACGAGGCCAUCGGUAUCGCCCACGGACAACACUACAAAGAACCCUGAGCGUAUCGCCGACGUCUCGCCGCCGAGCCCACCACAAGCUUCAGUCAUGGUUUCCUCGAAGAGCUUGACCUUGCUCACACGCAUGUUCACAGCAGACCCCAGUGCGCCAGGCGAAAUUUACUGGACCGAGUUCGUUUCGGCCAUGGCUGAUGCUGGUUGCUCUGUGAUGCCUGGAGGCGGCUCAUGCUUCACAUUUACGCAUGUGGGUGACAUGGGAGAAAAACAUUCCAUGGUAUUCCACCGUCCUCACCCUGAACCCAGCAUGAGCAAGGAGAGACUGAGGUCGUUUGGAAGUCGUCUGGGCAGACGCUGGGGCUGGAGUCUGGAAACCUUCGAUGUAAAGGUAUAAGGAAAGUGGUACUGGAAUCAGUUGUAUGGUGAGCAGGUCUGUUGACGUGUGGUUUAGUAGCAUGAGACAGCGCAGAGAGGUUAACGAUGCUGUCUCGGUUACACCAUGGGUUGCUGGACACAUAGAAGUGAGGAGUUGAGGAAUGGUUAGUCGUGAGCUACCCUCGCCUAUAGAUAUGUAAUUAUGCUAUUGCAAAAACCACACGUAGCGCUCG